CCCAGGCCCAGCGCUGGCGCAGUGAGAACUUCGAGAGGCCUGUGGACCUUGAGGGCUCCGGGGACGACGACUCCUUUCCUGAUGAUGAGCUGGACGACCUCUACUCGGGGUCAGGUUCGGGCUACUUCGAGCAGGAGUCGGGCAUUGAGACAGCCAUGCGGUUCAGCCCAGAUGCGGCCCUGGCAGUGUCCACUACGCCUGCUGUGCUGCCUACUAUGGACAUCCAGCCUGUGGGCACUCCAUUUGAAGAGCUCCCCUCUGAACGACCCACCCUGGAGCCAGCCACCAACCCCCUAGUGGUGACAGAUGUCCCAGAAGAGUCCAGCCAGAGAGCUACUACUAUUGCCACCACCAUGGCCACCACUACUGCCAUGACUGCAGGAGCCACGACCACAGCGGCCACCACCACAGGCGCCCCGACUGUGGCCACAGUGCCUGCUACAGUGGCUGCUGCCAUUCCCAGCACCCCUGCGACACCCCCUUCCACAGCUACCACUGCCGUCAUAAGGACCACCGGCAUACAGAGGCUUCUGCCUCUUCCACUGACCACGGCAGCCACAGCCCAGGCCACAAUCCCUGGGGUGCUCUCCCCUCCCACCACGGUGGAUGUCUUGGACACCGAGGCUUCCACACCCAGGCUGGUCAGCACAGCUACCUCUCGGCCAAGAGCCCUUCCCAGGCCCACUGCCACCCAGGAGCCUGAUGCCCCAGAGAGGAGCACUCUGCCCUUGGGAACCACUGCCCCUGGACCCACAGAGGUGGCUCAGACCCCAACUCCAGAGUCCUUUUUGACCACAAUCCGGGAUGAGCCAGAGGUGCCAGUGAGCGGGGGGCCCAGUGGAGACUUUGAGCUGCCAGAGGAAGAGACCACACAGCCAGACACAGCCAAUGAGGUGGUGGCUAUAGGAGGGGCUGCAGCCAAGCCAUCACCUCCACCAGGGACACUGCCCAAGGGUGCCCGGCCAGGCCCUGGCCUCCUGGACAAUGCCAUCGACUCAGGCAGCUCAGCUGCUCAGCUGCCUCAGAAGAGCAUCCUGGAGCGGAAGGAGGUGCUUGUAGCUGUCAUUGUGGGCGGGGUGGUGGGCGCCCUCUUCGCCGCCUUCUUGGUCACACUGCUCAUCUACCGCAUGAAGAAGAAGGAUGAGGGCAGCUACACGCUGGAAGAGCCCAAGCAGGCGAGCGUCACAUACCAGAAGCCUGACAAGCAGGAGGAGUUCUAUGCCUAGUGGAGCCACAGUGCCUCCCUGCAGCCUCAACAUUGCCCCUCUGUCCAGUCCCCAGCCUGGCCCCACCAGCCCAGGCCUGGGCCUGGGAGAGAGCCUGGCCCCAGUUCUUCUCUGCCCUCCCCUCCCUGCCCAGACCGCCGGCCUCACACAGAUCUUCCUCAAGGAAUAAGAGGCGCUGCCCUGCCCCAGACUGUGCCCGGACGAGCUCAUCUCUUGUCUCCUCCACACCAGCCUGGGUAUCAGGUCCUCAAAUCAGAUGCACAGGAAGAAGGAAGCCCCUGGUUGGCUGGUGAAAGAAAGUAUGGGGCUUGAGAUGGGCUUGAGCCCUGACCUGGCCCCCAGAGGGCUUUCUGAGGUCUCCUUUUGGGGGGCAGAAAGGCACUCAGGCUGGUUUCCAGGACAAACUUUUGGCAAACUCAGCCCCUGAAAUCAUCUAGACACUGCAAUCUCUCACUCCUGUCCCAGGGCCUCUCUCUGCUUGGGUGAGAGGGUGUCCCUUGUUGCCAGCCUGUUUUGUCCUGCCUUUCUGGGGUUGUUGGGUAAUUCUCCCUUUCCCCACCAAGUGUACACGUGCCCGAGGCUUCACUUCUUCCUGUGUCUUCCCCUGAGGAAACAGCUUCCUGAGAGUGCUAGGGCAGCCACUGUUGAGAAUGGGCUGCUCUGAUGUACCUCCUCUGAGGGCACUCUGCACAGACACCAUUGCCCACACUGUCACUUUGUCAUGGUCAUACACAGACAAAAGCAUGAAAUGACAAAAUCAUACACAAUCCUGACCACUCAGCCAGUCAAGAUGUAUCACGCAUUCUUCCAAAGAUGUUUAUCCUCAUAUAUUGCUUAUACCCUUGGCCACUGACUACAAUGCAAGUCACUAGUCAUGGUCACCUAACAGUGACAGCAUAGCCUCUCCUCCACCCCCAGUACACACACAUUCUGGGACCACACAUGUUGUCUGCAGCUUUCAGGCUCAUUGGGAGGGUGGCAUCAAGCCAGAACAAUCAGCCCAUAUUGGGUCACUCUGAGUUGCCCCAUCACACUCAGUCCCAUGCUAUGGCACCCACACCAACCACACAGCCACCAACCCUGUCCCAUGUCACACACAGUCCCACAUGGCUGAACCCCACAGGACCCUGCUCUCAACUUUGGAGGGAAGCAGGUGGGCCCAUGCCUUUCCUGGAGUAAGUGUGAGGCCAUGAGUCCUCUCAGGGCAGUGUGUGCUGGGUGGACCUGGCCUCACCCCUGCCUGUUCCCCUCUACUCUAUAGCUCACAAAAGGGGAGGCUCAGAGCCAGCCCUCCACCAGCUGGGAGUCUGGGGCCUCUCUGAGCCUGUGGGAAGAAGGGAUUGGUUCCUGAAAUUUGGCCCCAGGCUACAGAGGGUGCUUAGGUCUCCCAGAACCAAAGGCUCUGACUGGGGAGGGGGCAUAUGGUUAGGCUCCUAGUGUCCCUGUGUCCCUUCCCUGCUCUGAGCUAGGGGGUUGACUGCCUCCCAGGACACAAGUCCCCAAAGUGCCUGUGAGGGCGGGCCCUCUGCCCAUGCCCUCUGCACCCUCUCUCUGGCCAGGCCAACCUCAGCCUUUCCCCCACCCUUGAGCUCUCCCCAGGACAGCUACCCAUCAUUUGGUCAAACAACUCAGGCAGUUCCAGCUGCAGCUGGAGGGGCCCACAGCUGGAAGCAGCCUGUGCAGGAAAAGGGGGGAAGAUGUCACUGGCCCAGCCUUCUCCUUUGUUACCCUGGCAACUUGGGCCGUUUCCAUAGGUGUUUUAAACAUGGGGCCACAAAUCUCCUUUUGGGGAGGGCGUGCUUGGCUGGGCUCUUGGAGCUAAAGGGACAAGGUGUGAGUUGUGAUUGGCUGGCAUCCACACCCACCUCUCGCCUAUAGCCCAGGUUCCAGUCAGGAAGGCAGGUUUUAUUUCUGUUCCCUUAGCAGGAUUCCCUGGCAGUCGGGCUUCUGCAAGGUGAGGGUGAGGAUGAGGGUGUCAAGGCAGCGAGGGCCAGGUUCUGGGCAGCUGUCUUUUCCAGGGGUCCUUCUUCUAGGCCAAACUCCAUCUUCUAGACUCAAAGCUCCCCUUACAAGUGCCCAGAGCCUUGUGAGGGAGCCAGCUGGUCCCACCAUGGAGGCCAGGGAGGAAGUUAGGGGGCAGCCUGGUCUCAGAGAUGUGCAGGGGGUGGCUUGGCCUCAGUCAUCCCUGGGGCAGAGAGCUGGGGAACCUGGGGAGGAGGAGCCCAAAAGUCCCAACCUCUCUACCCUGCUCCCUAGUGCAGGCACAACAGCUCUGGUGAGAACGCCUAGGCGGGCUGAGGCUGAGAAACCAGGGAGGCAGAGGGGAGAGGGUCAGGUCCCUGGAGACCCAGCAGUGGGUACAGCAUCUGUGUGGGUCUAGAGCCCUUGGUGGGGUGGCCCCAGCAGGCCUGACUCCUCCCAGCCCCAGGGCUGGCUUCUGGCUUGGGGCAUUACCUCCUGGCCCUGCCUCUCUUAUCUGUAUCCUUAGCAUUUGAGAGAAGAGGCCCAAGGCCUUGUUCAUGGUGCCCUAGACCUAAGGCUUUAUCGAGGCUGUAUCCUCAUGACAUUUAACAAUCCAACCAGCUCAAAUCCAAUUCUGCCAGGCUGGCUGGACAAACCAGAGUUGGGCUACAAGGACAGGCUGGCGUUCUCUGAGUGCAGUGUGGGUGCAGGGCCCUCACACCCUCUCUUGCCCCCUGUGUACAGUGGGAUGAGUGUGGGGUCUGUGCAAAUGGGUCUGCCCGUGCCCCAGUGCUCCUGGGGAGGGUAUCCUGUGGGCCAUGGCAUUUUCUGGAAGCAUGACAAAUUCUAAAUGAGAGGGAGCUUAUGUGGCUUGAGGGCCUUCCUAGGGCCUUGGCUGCCAGAGAGCACAUGGCUAGCUGGGGUCUAAAGAGUUGGGGGUCGAGCCCACCCUGGACUCCGUCUCCAGGGCCAGACAGGGACCUUGCCUGAAAGGCCUGUCCCUUUAAUCGUUGGAGGCAUAUGGGUGGCAGGGAGGGUGGGGCUGGGCUGGCCUGCAGGCAGGGCUUAGGGUGCUUGGAGAGACCCGCUAGGGUUGGCAGAGACGCCUGUCAGGCUCCAGGUGGGGCCCUUGGAUGCAGGGAGCAGACCCAGCUUAGCCUCAUGGGGCAGGGUUGGCCUCUUGCUCACCCUCAUGGAUUUUUUUCCCCUGACAGCCAUAGCCCUGGACUUGCCUCUUCAGGCCUCCUGCCUGUAAAUAGAAGCCCACAAACUGUGUACAGAUUUAGAGAUGCCCAGACUGGGCCCCAGGAGUUGCCAUCGGAGGGCUGAUGGCCCCAGCAUCCCCAGGUGCCCCUAGGGCACCUCAGUGCAUCCGGCCUCAGCGUGAUGAAUGCAUGUACAUAUUUUUCGUAGGCAGCGUGGCUCCAGAGAGCCCCUGAAGACAGUGUCUCCCCCACCCCCACCCCCACCCCAUGAGUCCUCUCUCCUGUACAGAGCCCUCCAAGAACCGGCCUGGGAUGGGUGGGAGUCUGUCCUUCCUUCCUCCCGGCCUCCCCCACCCUCUCCCUCUCCUGUAACCUGUUUAUUAACUGUACCUGUCCUGAGUUCAUGGCCAAAACUUUAAAUAAGGAAAAGUGGAGGAAAAAGACAAUGGGAAAAAGAGACCAAGGCAUCUGCCCCGCUGUGGGUACUCACCUGGCCCAGCCUUGAGAAGGAACUGGGGUUUUUUGGUUUUGUUGUUUCUUAUUUGUUCUUUGUUUUAACAUUUCCCGUGCUGUGCCCAUUUAUAAGAGGAAAUAAAAUUAAGCUGAAAUGA